AUGGCCUCGCAGGACGUGCUCGGCCAGACCACGCGGCUGGCCUCCUCCAGCGCUUUACUGCAGGUGCUGUUCCGGGUGAUCACCUUCGGGCUGAACGCGUUCACUCUGCGCUACCUCUCCAGAGAGCUGAUCGGUGUGGUCAACGUGAGGCUGACUCUGCUGUAUUCGACGGUUGUAUUCCUAGCCAGGGAAGCGUUUCGCAGAGCUUGUUUGAGUGGAAGUACAAAGCGAAACUGGACCAAAACAAUUAAUCUAUUGUGGCUGACAGUCCCUCUUGGUGUUUUUUGGUCUGUAUUUUUGGGCUUAGUCUGGCUACACUUGCUUGAAGUACCUGAUCCUUCUGUGGUUCCACAUUAUCAGGCUGGUGUAGUAGCAUUCGGUUUGUCUGCAGUUAUUGAGCUUCUUGGAGAACCAUUCUGGGUUUUAGCACAAGCUCAUUUGCUUGUGAGACUUAAGGUAAUUGCUGAAAGCCUUUCCGUGGUGUCAAAAUGCAUUUUGACAGUUAUUUUGGUAGUCCUUUAUCCUCACUGGGGCCUCUACAUUUUUUCAUUGGCUCAGCUUUUAUAUGUCAGUGUUCUAGUAAUGUGCCAUAUAAUUUAUUUUGUGGUGUUUCUGGGGUCUCCUGAAGCCACAAAGAAGUCGUUUCCAAUUGCUAGAAUGAAAGCUCUAUUACCUACUUUGGUGGAAGAUGAGACCUUUGUUAACUGGAAGGAAGCACGCUUAACCUGGAGUUUCUUCAAACAAUCCUUCUUGAAACAGAUUUUGACAGAAGGGGAACGAUAUGUGAUGACUUUUCUGAAUGUGUUAAAUUUUGGAGAUCAAGGUGUAUAUGAUAUCGUGAAUAACCUUGGUUCCCUGGUGGCCAGAUUUAUCUUUUUACCUAUUGAGGAGAGUUUUUAUGUCUUUUUUGCUAAAGUGUUGGAAAGAGGGAAGAAUAUAAAGGAUCAGAAGCAGGAUGAUGUUGCUAUGGCUGCAAAUGUAUUAGAAUUGCUGUUGAAACUUGUGCUUCUGAUUGGUCUUACCAUCACAGUUUUUGGCUAUGCCUAUUCUCAGCUGGCUCUGGAUAUUUAUGGAGGCUCUAUGCUAAGUUCUGGAACAGGUCCAGAUCUCCUCCGAUGUUACUCUUUAUAUGUCCUGUUUCUUGCUAUCAAUGGAGUGACAGAAUGUUUUACGUUUGCUUUGAUGUGCAAAGAGGAGGUAGACAGGUAUAAUUUUGUUAUGCUGGCUUUGUCCUUCACGUUUCUGUGCAUCUCUUACUUCCUGACCCACUGGCAUGGCAGUAUUGGCUUUAUCCUUGCCAACUGCUUUAACAUGGGUAUUCGAAUAGCUCACAGCAUCCACUACAUUUAUGAUUACUUCAAAACAAGUACCUACAGACCUUUGAGGGGCCUGCUUCCCUCACCGUUUUUGGUACUUGUUUACAUCCUAAGUGGAGUUAUCACUGGUUUCUCAGAGGUAUUCCUGUGCUGUGAUAAAGGUUGGAUGGGAAGGCUGAUUCACAUCUGCAUGGGGGCUCUGUGCUUUGCAGCAACCAUCAUUACGAUGUUCAGCACAGAGACCAAGCUGAUCCACUUCGUCAGAAGCCAGUUCCUCUCCCAGUAUAUGAAGAAAGGAACAUGA